AUGAGUCGCCCUCCUUUCCGCCCCUCGAGUCCCGCAACUAUGGCCUCCGAUAAACAAACCACCAACGGCCCCGUUGCCAAACCCUUCACCCCCUCACUCAGUGCAGCUUUCAACCGGUCCACUAAAUCACCUCUGACCCCAAAACUUGCCAAUCCGGGGGGAUAUCGUACUCGGCGAUUGACCCCCUCCGAACACCCGCUCUCCAACUCCAAGCCGGAUUCCGAGUCGGUGUAUCUCAGUGCCAACGUUACCCCUCGAUCCGGUACUCGCACGAGUAGACGUGAUGGACCGAUUUCUACCCCGAACACGCCCUCGACUGGGCACUACUCUCCGUCUUACAUAUCAGCUAGUGGCUCGACAGUAGGAAAGCGGACAGACCGGAGCCCUGUACGGACAGGAGGAAAGCUUGAGCCUCCAAUAACCACCAGGGCCAAAACCUUGACAACGGACGCUCAACGUUCACGACCGAAUUCUGUCUGUGGAGCACCCUCCAGUUCACCCAGGUUUUUCCACGCUGCCGAUGCGCGAUCGAAUCCAGAUGUUGAUAACCGACCAAAGCCAGCGGUGAAGCCAUCCCACCCCACAUUUGUAUAUGCCAACGGAGAACAAGAGGGCCCGCCGGAAGAGCUGAACACAGCAUCAGUGUACAAACGACGCUCGACCGGGCUUACUCGCUCUGUUGUUGGCUCUAAACCCCCGUCGGCGUCCCCGCGAUUGGCAUCCCCCAGGCUAAAUGCCUCCUCUCCCCGGCUGUCGGACGGUGUUGGUUCUCAGGCCGGUUCGCAAAUCGGCUCGCAGGUUGGCUCGCAAGUCGGCCCACAGCCUGGGCCACAAUUUGGCUCUCAGGCUGGGACUCGAUUUGACUUUGCUCCCCAGAUUGUCUCGCAUAUGCCGAGUCCACCCAUGAGUCACUUCUCUCCAAAACCAACUACGUCAGCCCCGAGACACAUGAAAUCAUCCAGCGUCGACUCGGGACAUGGUACUACCUCUCCAAGAGAACCAUUGCGGCCAAGUCCUAUCAUCAUAUCCCCGUCUGACACCAAAAUUGACGCUAGCGCUGUUGCUUUCGAACCAAUACUUGGUCUCCGACCACGGGUUUUCAGCAGUGGAUCCGCUGCCUCUGUAGAGACCCAUGAUUCUUCGCUACACAGUCCGGCCAAGUCUGAAUCUGGGCAAGUCAAGGACGAUGUGGCUAUUAGUGCCCGCACGGAGCGCAAGAUCCUUGAUCUCGAAAUCAGUAACUCGUCACUCCUCGCAAUCAAUCGCACGCUCGAACGCGAGAUGCGGAAGCAAAAUGCGGAGCUGCGAAGAUAUCGACGCCUCAGCCGUGCGGGUCGCCUGUCGGUAGCACCAUCCAGCCGUUCCGUUUCCGGGGCUUCUAUGGGUAUCAUGGCCGAAGCGGACGAAAGUGAUGAACAUGAACACUCUUCGGUUCAGUCAGCCGAGGAACUGUCCGAGUUAAGUGACGAGGAUUCUGUGAUGGAUGAGGGCGUUCUUAGCCCUGAUUCCUUGGCUGAGCAUGAUGCGCGACAUCGCGCCCAGGAUGAGAAGAAGUUUUUCAUCGACCUUGCUAAACAUCAAGAGCUUCUGGCCGACAGCCAGAAAAUGAACCAGAGUCUUAAACGCUGCCUCGGUUGGACAGAGGAGCUAAUAAAGGAAGCCAAGAAAGCCCUUGAGUAUUCCGUGCAUGUAAAUGACAUCCACCUUGGAGGACGAGUCCUUGCACCAGAGGAAAUAGCCGACCUCCGGGAAAGUGGUCGAGGUCUAUUGAGAGCGAGUGAUCCCCAGGACCUCUCUUACCUACCAGAAUUACCAGACUCGGAGCCAGACUCGGAGGCUGACGAGACCACGGAGGCUGCCACAGAGACAGCCUAG